AUGAAAGAGGUAACCACGAACGAGUUAUCCAUGAACGAGUUAGCCAGGAAAGGGACGCCCUCCAAUGGGGCCCCCCCCGACCCGAUCUACGAACUGGGAAACGAAAUAGAAGACCUUUUUGACGAAGAUGUGGAGAACAUCAAAUUCAACGCAGAUGAAAUUUCUUCCUUUUUCCUGAAAAAUAACGAACUCGAAAAUGAAAAGGAAGAAUCGGCAAAUGUUUGUAGCAACCCGGGAGAGGCAAACGGCGUGGGGAGAAAUCCCGAACGCAACAAAAUGGAAAGCCUGUUCGACCCAACCAUCAGUGGACCACACGUCUGCUGUGUAGUCAUUCUGUCCAAAAGAGAAAAUGUCGAAAUUGAGUUUAUCCACCCGGAGAUAUUCGAGCCGCACGAAAAAGAGCACCUAAGUAAGAGGAGGAAAAAAAAACAAAAGAAAGUGAUAACCCCUUUUUGCGUGUGGCACAGAUACAAAGGGGACUGGGUUGAGGAUGUGAAGUUUUUAAUUGAAGAAAGGAUAUAUUUGUUUGGGGAAACCAACACGGGGAAUGUCCUCUGCGAUUUUUACAAUCAAAAGUUGUGCAAAAAUUACAAUGAAUACAAUGUUAUGUAUUCCCCCAGUGGGAACAGGUACUACCUGGUGGGGCUGAAUUAUAUGCAGGACAGCAGUUACAAGGAGAUCCUCACCAUUGCGCAGGUGCCCCACUUCGACUUCAUAUACGCGAGGCUUUGCCCGGCGGUGCGGGCCGCCCUGGGGCGGGAGAGAGCAGCCGGGAGAGCGGCUGGAAGAGCGGCGGGUAGGGCAGCGAGCGGAACAACCGGCACAGCGCAACACAACUCUCAGCACUGCGUGCAAACGGAAGUGGAUACGCAAAAGCAGUACGGCGAGCUGAUCACCUUCGUGGACAGCUUCGCGGCGGAUCGCCCGUUCGAUCAAAUGCAGUUCGACGAUUACUACGCGCAUUUGUCCAAAGACAUAGAACAUAUCAGCAACAUAAAAGUGAAAAACAUUCUGAGCAUUCUCAAAGCAGUGCUGUUGGAAAAAAAAAUCGCCAUUUCAUGUUCAAAGAAAGGAAAUGGAUGCAGAAUGAUGUUGCUCCUCCUUUCCUUCAUUCCUGACAUAAUAAAUUUUGGCUUCAAUGUAAAGGCUUAUCAGGACAAAUUUGAAGAAUGGAUAAACUUAAAGCUCCCUCUCAUUUUAUUUCACGAAAGGUAUGUUCUCCUCCUCCACAUAAAUAACCUGCAGCUAUUCAAUCAAAACACAAAUGGAAAGAACUACUUAAUAUCGACCAGCACGGGGAGCGAUGUGUAUUAUUACGUAAAGAAUAGUGUGGAUGUUUUGUACGAGCUGGACCAUGACGAAGUAAUUUUGAAAAAGGAGAAUUUAAUGAACGUUUUAAGCUUGACAAAAUAUGAAUAUAAUUAUUUGAAGGGUGUUAACUCCAUUUUUCAAUCUUUGAUUAAUUUUUCUUCUCUCUUUUUUGAGACCGCCAAGCAGAGCAGCAUCCCGGGGGGGGGUCAUACCGGGGGGCACUCCACCUCUGCUACUACCCCUGCUACUACCCCUGCUACUACCCCUGCUACUACCUCUGCUAAUGUGCUGGACAGCCGCUCAGGUGCAACGGGCUGCCUCGACGGGGGGAAUGCUAUUGGGUGGCACCCGCAUAGCGAAGUGGAGAGACACACACGAGAUGGAGAAGUGACCCCCGAUUGGGAAACGCCUCCUCAUAGUAGCAACCAUGGGGGCACGCACACGCAUGCUGAUGGGGGGAGGACCCCCCUCGUGGGAGAAGCCCAAGUUGACCCUGCCGGAGAAACACACGAAUACAUUGAUGACGAAGAUGACAUAUGCGUCCUAGACACGAAAUCCGUGAGCUUCCAAAAAGGCGAACGGAAGAAGUUUGGCCAAAUGAGUGAAGCCGAAGAAAGGAACCAAAGCAGCAACACGAAAAAAAACAUACCAAUGAGUGAUCAAUCGGAUAGGUACAUUUCCAACCUGAGGAGCCACUUUCAUGUCUAUUUUAAGAAUUUUUUUAUGGCAAGCAAGGAAAACUACGAAGAGGGGAAAAAGGAGCUGAGAGAACAGUACGAACUGAAUUAUAAUAAUGCCUUUCUCCAAUUAUGGCAAGAAACAGAAAAUUAUAAUUAUUUCAUCGAGAAGGAUUUCAAAAUGAACAAGUUUUUAAAAAUUGCAGAGCAGAAUAACGUCCCAUUUGACAAGCAAAAAAUGGAGGACUACAAAUUUGUGGACGAUUUGUUAAUAAUCGAAAAGAGGGACAACAUAGAGAGAGGAAAAAAUGCGCAAAAAGAUUUAAGGGAUGUCCUACUAAUAUCAUUAAAGGGGUAUGUGUACGAAGGGACUUUUUCCAUUUUAAAAAAUUGCAAAGAAGGGGUAGGCAAAUUUUUGUAUAACAUACACAACAUAACUUUUCACGGAGAAUGGCAAAACGAUCAGAUAAAUGGGUCAGGUCAUUUACUAUACAAUAACAAAUUUAAAUAUUUUGGGAAUUUUAAAAAUAACCUGUUCAGUGGAAAUGGACUCUUUGUUGAUAAUUUGUUAAAUCAAUAUGAAGGGGAAUUUUCAAACGGCUCAUUUAACGGGAAUGGAAAACUUAUCUUUAACAAAAAUACGUACAUAGGCAUUUUUAAAAAUAAUAAUUUAGUAGGGAAGGGGAAAAUAUUGCACAAAAAUGGACUUAUAUAUACGGGAGAAAUUAAAAACUUCCUCCCCCAUGGAUAUGGCUUCCUAUCCUACAACAGUUCGACCGUAUUUGAAGGAUACUUUGUUGAAGGGAAAAAAAAUGGAAAUGGUUUUUUAACCAUAAAUCAGGGCUCCAUUUCGGAGGAAUGUUUCUGUAUUGAGGGGAAGUGGAGCAAUGAUGAACCUGUCUUGAGGAGAAACUUCCAUAUCGUUUUUCCAAACAGGGAUAAAUACGUAGGGAAAAUUUAUUUCCUACCCUCUUGCGAAGAAGCCAACAGGAAGGGGCGAAACAAUCUGUGGAGUGACCACCAUACCAUGUGUCAGCAGAUUCAUCAGCAGCUUUUUGAAGCCAAGCAAUUGAUAGAAAGUCAAAUCGGUUUUGCGACCCAGGCUGGGGGACGAUCCCCCGUUGACAGUACGAAGAACGUGGAGGAGAAACGGGAAAGCACUAGCAAUGAAAUCAUCGGAAACGUUAGGGGCAUCACCUGGAGAGAUAGUGCACACCCCAUUCGCUUUGCGAACGGCGCCGAUUAUGUUAUCCACCACAGCAGUGUCCUUACCACGGCAAGCAGUAAUAACUGCUUAGAAUACCAGCAUUGUGGGGGGGAAAACGCGGGAAGUCAAAUUUUAAAAUGCUACGAUGAAACCCCCAUUUCGACAGAAACGGAAAAGAACGAACAGAGGUAUUCUCUCCCAGGUGAGGACCCCAACCCUGAUCAGGCAAAAGCUAUCAAAAAAAAGGUGCUGAAGGAAAAACUCGAAACUUUCUUAAAAAUGAAGGAAAGAAAAACGCUGAGGAAAUGUUUCGAACUGUUAGACAACCACUGGAUAUGCAACAUAGAACAAAAGCUGAGGAAAAAUAAAGAUGUCGUUGAAUAUUUAAAAAAGAACAAAGUCGUUCUCGUUCCACACAGAGAAGGACUAAGUAUAACUUGUGAUCAGAAAAAAAAAGAAAAUUAUGAUGGGAAAUUUUGCUUAGGUAUGAAACAGGGAUAUGGCAUAUCUGUCUAUGGUGACGCAAACAGAUAUGAAGGUUACUUUCACAGGGGAAUGAAGCAUGGUCAUGGCCUUUUGUACGAAGGGGAUAGCAUAUACCAUGUCCACUUUAGCUACGAUAAGUUAAUUGAGAAGGAGGAAAUUUCACCUGAGCAAGUAAGUCGCUUUAAGCCCCAAAAGGAAGAAGCCCCCAGUGUGAAGAAACGAGGCAAUCACUUUUUAAUAAACCAGUCCUUCUUUCAGUACAGGACGCUUUUGUCCUCCACCGUGUGUCAGUACCUUUGA